GUAAUUCGCCUGCCGCGCAUUUUGUGUCACCGUGCCACCGGGAGAAGGGCGACACACCGCUGCGCGUCAAACGGAUACCAGUCACCAUCACCUCGGUUCAAGCGACGUCUCGCCGCGGGCAAUGACAUUUGUAGACUGACGUGGGAAUACACGAGCAAAAACACAAAAAUGACGGUAGACUUUGAAGAAUGUAUAAAAGAUUCACCCAGAUUCAGGGCUGGAAUCGAUGAUGUGGAGACGGAUGUGGUCGAGAUCGAAGCAAAGCUCGACAAGUUGGUGAAGCUGUGCAGCGGGAUGAUAGAGGCUGGCAGGGCCUACGUCAGCGCCAACAAGCUCUUUGUUAACGGCAUCAAGGAUCUGUCCCAUCAGUGCAAGAAGGAGGAGAUGAUUUCUGAAUGCCUUGAAAAGUGUGGAGAAAGCCUCCAGGAGAUCGUCAACUAUCACACGAUUUUGUUCGACCAGGCUCAGAGGUCGAUCAAACAGCAGCUUCAUACCUUCAUCAAAGAGGAUGUUCGUAAGUUCAAGGACACCAAGAAGCAGUUCGACCGUGUGCGUGAGGACAUGGAGCUGGCUCAGGUGAAGAACGCGCAGGCGCCCAGGAACAAGGUGCACGAGGCGGAGGAGGCCACGCAGGCCCUCAUCCUGAGCCGCAAAGCCUUCAGGCACCUGGCUUUAGAUUAUGUGCUGCAGAUUAACGUCCUUCAGGCCAAGAAGAAGUUUGAGAUCCUGGAUGCUAUGCUGUCGUUCAUGCGAGCCCAGUACACUUUGUUCCAGCAAGGCUUUCACAUCCUAGAUGAGAUCGACCCCUACAUGAAAAAACUGGCUGCACAGCUGGACCAGCUGGUCAUCGACUCCGCCGUGGAGAAGAGGGAGCUGGAGCACAAACACGCUCUCAUCCAGCAGAGAACUCUGAUGCAGGAUUUUUCUUACGAUGACCCCAAGCUGGAAUUCAAUGUGGACGCUCCGAAUGGCGUGGUCAUGGAGGGCUAUCUGUUCAAGAGAGCCAGCAACGCCUUCAAGACCUGGAACAGGCGGUGGUUUUCCAUCCAAAACAGCCAGCUGGUCUACCAAAAGAAACUUAAGGACUCUUUGACAGUUGUGGUUGAGGAUCUGAGGCUGUGCUCAGUCAAACCGUGUGAGGACAACGAGAGGAGGUUCUGCUUUGAGGUGGUGUCACCCACUAAGAGCUGCAUGCUGCAGGCCGAGUCUGAGAAGCUGCGGCAGGCUUGGAUCCAGGCGGUCCAGGCAAGCAUCGCUUCCGCCUACAAAGACAUCGGCGACAACUAUUACGUUGAGCGUUUGGACCGGACCGCUUCGCCCUCCACAAGCAGCAUUGACUCUGCCAGCGAGCCCCGGGAGAGGGGGGAGAGGGCUGAAAGGGUGUUUCGGGGAGGGGGGGAGAGUCUCCUCCAGCGGGUCCAGAGCCUGCCGGGCAACGAGCUGUGCAGCGACUGCGGCCAGACGGCCCCCUGCUGGGCCUCCAUCAACCUGGGAGUGCUGCUCUGCAUCGAGUGCUCCGGGAUCCACAGGAGUUUAGGCGUCCAUUUCUCUAAAGUGCGUUCGCUGACGUUAGACUCGUGGGAGCCGGAGUUACUCAAGCUGAUGUGUGAGCUGGGAAACACUGUGAUCAACAACAUUUAUGAGGGAACCUGUGAGGAGCUAGGAGCUAAAAAACCUGGACCCUCCAGUUCAAGGCAGGAGAAGGAGGCCUGGAUCAAGUGGAAAUAUGUCGAGAAACGCUUCGUGAAAAAGAUGAGUGGGGGAGAGGCGCUGGUGGAGGGAGAGAGGAAGUCCCGCCCCUGGACGGUGAAGAAAUGCCAGAGACACAGCAGCUCCGUCCGGGCCCCCAACAAGGCCCGCAGGAAAUACCACCGCUACGAACCUGGCAGYGCCUCCCCUGCAAACCUCUCAGCAGCAGCUGCAGCAAAGUUUCGCCGGGACUCGCUGUUCUGUCCGGACGAGCUGGACUCGCUCUUCUCUUACUUCGACACCGGCUCCGGGCCUCGCAGUCUCAGCAGCGACAGCGGCUUAGGGGGAAGCACUGACGGCAGCACGGACAUCCUGGUCUUUGGCUCAGUGGUGGACAGYGUAACAGAGGAAGAAGAGGAGUCGGAGGAGUCUUCCAGCGGCGAGGUGGAAAUUGAACAGGAAGUGAAUUCAGACCCUGAGGAUCCGAGGGAGUUGCACCCGGGGGCGCUGCUUUACCGUUCCUCCCGCCUCCACAACCUGCCGCUCAUGGCCGAGGCGCUGGCCCACGGCGCCGACGUGCACGGUUCCAACGAAGAAGAGGAAGGAAAAACGCCCCUCAUACAAGCUGUGAUCGGGGGCUCUUUGAUAGCUUGUGAGUUCUUGCUGCAGAAUGGGGCCGACGUGAACCAGAGGGACAUGAGAGGCCGGGGCCCCUUGCACCACGCCACCUAUCUGGGACACACUGGUCAGGUGUGUUUGUUCCUAAAGAGAGGAGCUUCACAGACAGAGGUGGACGAGCAGGGUCACGAUCCUCUCAGUAUCGCUGUCCAGGCUGCAAAUGCAGACAUCGUUACCCUGUUGCGUCUGGCACGGAUGAACGAGGAGAUGCGCGAGGCCGAGGGUCCGUUGGGUCAGCCAGGUCAAUACCCCAGCAGCAGCCCCACUGAGCAGCAGUACAGGAAGUGCAUCCAAGAAUUUAUCUGCCUCAACAUAGAUGAGAGCUAGUGCUCACUUCCACACCUGGGAGAAAAGCUCUGUUUAUAAAUCUGCUCCUCCUGAUGGGGAAACUUGAUUGUGAUGAAGUUGCCCCCUAGACGCUGAUCUCGAGCCUGUUURCUCGUGUAGAUCUGGGCUAAAGGGCAACUUCAUACAAACUGGACGUUUUUUAAAGGGGGUGGAAAGUUACUGUGAGGCUAGGUGAGGUGUGUCAAAGGGAGACCCCUGAUUUCCAACUCCACUGACGAUACAGACACCACCUCAGUUUUUCUGCUUGUUAUAUUACUGAGCACAUGACAUACACACACACACAGUAAAACUACACCUGCUUUUUGGUGUUUCGCUAACAGGGUUUUCUUCUAACUUAAAGCAGUGGUUCAGAUCUUUUGAACUGGGCUUCUUUGGUGAGGUUAUGAACAAAAAAUAUCUCACCUGUCAUAGAUGGUUUUUUGAACGGCCUCAGUUUGACAUUUAUUUUUUUAAAACUUUAUUUAUUUUUAAUUCUUAGACUUUUAACUGAUUAGAUUCAUCAGGUUUCAUGGAUAAUUAUAACUGAGUAUCAUCAGCAUAAUAAUUCUGAUUGAACUGACGAGUUAAGAGAUAGUUCUAUUGGGGGCAAAGACCAGCAUGGGUUUCUGCUCCUAAAACGGUUCCAAUUUUAAAAAUGUCAUCAACUCCUGAAUGCUACGUUAGAAAUGUUUACACUGCCGUGAUUUUUGCAUUACAUUGUUUACAUAGAGUUCUAUGGCUCAAACUCUAUCCAAACAAAAGCUAUUAAAAGAGCUAUCUACACCAGGUAAGAUACUGACAACCUUUCCACAGAACCGCUUCAGACGAUCUGAGCUAUCCCUUUAACAUAAUGUGGUGUAACCCCCAGCAUGAGUGCUUGGGUUUAUUUUUAGCUAACAGCUCUUAACCUCUGAAGAAUCUCACUGCAUUAACCCUCUUUACACUUUCUAUCUAUCCAGACCAUCUGUGUGACAUCCAGCUUACCCAUCUCUUCUCGACCAGAGAUGUAAAUAUUACAUAUUUAGAAGACUAGAAACUGUGUACUGUGGCAUGAGGUGAACAACUGGUAUCUGUUCCAUUACUAAAA